AUGAUCGACAGGAGAUCGCUGUGUCAGCACCGCGCAGAACGCCUAAUAGCCACAUUACCAUUCCGAGUCGAUGGCGAGAGCGACCGCCGACCGCCUUGUGAAUAUGCAAACCUGAAUUACUCAAUACAAGUAACAAGUAAGUUACGCGGCGAGCUCACCGGCCAAUCUUCAUCAAUGCAAAUCACGUUGUCGACUCGUCAACCCAAUUACCAAGAAGUGAAUUUAAAUAAAGAUAAGUAUCGCCCUCGAGGAGACAAUGCUAAUAGGAGCGAGGCUGUAAUGGGCGCCGACUGGGGAGCGCGGUAG